UGUUGCCAAGGCUUGCCACUUUCUACGCUGUCGCUCCUGGUGUCCUUUCAGGUCUGACUGCCGAUUUUUGAUACAUUGACGCUCUAUCUUAGGGAAGCUAGUCAUACCACCAAAGUCGAUUUCUUCUCAGCGGUACAGGCCUGUAACUUGGCUGCAAAGUAACGAUAGCUAGUACUGCGUUGGUAAUCCCUUGCUUCUUUGUCACUACGCAUUUCUGUCACAAUAAGGACCUUGCUAUUACCUGAGAUCUUAUGCUGCCUUUGUUCUUCAAGAGCCACCUCAAGUUAGGAUAAUGGAUUCCUCAUCAUAACUACCAUUGUUCAACAAAGUCAUGCCAUGGUGGCUUCGAGGUGAACGCGACACAACACUCUAACGCUUAGCCAUCUCAUCACAUUCGUUCAAAAUUCACUGUCGUUGCUUUAUUUAAAAUAUGUUGCGCAGCCUUUCAUUCCGACAACGUCUGGCCAGUCCUCCGCGACGUCGUUUCAAGAAGCUUUUCAAAACUGCACGUCAACGUCUCCCCUCACAGCAUGAGCUUCACGGUCCAGAUAAUGAGGUCGCUCAACUCCCCCAACCUCGCCGUCAACGCCAACGGCAAUCCUUCAAGAGAUGGUUUGUGUUGUUGUGGAAACGCUUCAGUCGGCCGAACCGUGCCAGGCAGUCGGGGCGGUUUUCAUUCGUGCCUCCCGGCUUCACUUUUGUCUCUAUCUCCAUGACCAGAAAAAGGGACAGCAGAGAAAUUCGUCGUGCUCGACGGUUUGGAGUCUUCUUUGAAGAAAUUCCCUUCUCCCUCAGAGGCCUCGUGUAAAACCAAAUUCUAGCAUGCUUACCCCCAUUCUCUGCUAUGUCUCACUCUCAAAGCGCAUAGAGGACAAUUAUCACUGUAGUCUACUUCUAUAUUGCAUCAUUAAUACGACGUUCAUCGCCAUCUGCAGCAGUGGUCUUGGGCCUUUCCAUGCCAAGGAGCACUGAGGUCAAAGUCAGAAUCGCAGACAUGACCACGUACAUGGUCCUGAUGGAUCUAGGAUGGGAGACCUGUAUAAGGCUCCUUGUAUGACGCUCGUCUAGG